GGUAGAGUUUCUUGGAGACCCAAAGCGGAGAUCAAAGGAGCUCGCCUGGAUUUCUUUUAUCUCUAGGUUGGACAUGCUGCCUUUUGGAGACAAAACGAGAGAGAUGGUCAAUGCAUGGUUUUCUGAGAGAGUUCAUACUAUUCCAGUGUGCAAAGAAGGGACCAAACAUCACAGUGAAGCUUGUGCUUGUUCCACACGGACUGAAAGCACUAAUUCCACACCACCGACUCGGAAGAUAUCUGCUUCUGAAUUUGAUAGACCUCUUAGGCCCAUUGUUAUAAAAGAUUCUGUUGGAACAGUGAGCUUCUUGUCAGGCACUGAAAAGAAGGAACAGAUGCCUCUCCAAUCUCGGACACUUGGAACCAAUGCAGGGGAUCAAUGCUCAAGACUCUUAGAACUGGUGAAGGAUAUUUCUAGUCACCUGGAUGUCACAGCCCUUUGUCAUAAAAUUUUCUUGCACAUCAAUGAACUCAUAGCUGCCGAUCGGUAUUCCCUAUUUCUGGUCUGUGAAGACAGUUCCAAUGAGAAGUUUCUUAUCAGCCGACUCUUUGAUGUUGCAGAAGGUUCCACCUUAGAAGAAGCUUCAAACAACUGCAUCCGUUUGGAAUGGAACAAAGGAAUUGUAGGUCACGUGGCAGCUUUUGGCCAACCUUUGAAUAUCAAGAAUGCCUAUGAGGAUUCCCGAUUCAAUGCUGAAGUGGACCAAAUCACAGGCUAUAAAACACAAAGCAUCCUUUGUAUGCCAAUAAAGAACCAUAGAGAAGAGGUGGUUGGUGUGGCACAAGCAAUCAACAAAAAAUCUGGUGGUGGAGGAACAUUCACUGAGCAAGAUGAGAAGGAUUUUGCUGCUUACCUGGCAUUUUGUGGAAUUGUUCUUCACAAUGCUCAGCUCUAUGAGACUUCCCUUCUCGAAAACAGACGCAAUCAGGUACUUCUUGAUCUUGCCAGUUUAAUAUUUGAGGAGCAGCAAUCAUUAGAAGUCAUUUUGAAGAAGAUAGCUGCUACUAUAAUUUCCUUCAUGCAAGUGCAAAAGUGCACCAUUUUCAUAGUGGAUGAAGACUGUUCAGAUUCAUUUUCCAGUGUAUUUCACAUGGAAUAUGAAGAAAUAGAAGAUUCCAGUGAGACCCACAAAAGAAACAAUGAUACAGACCAAAUUAAUUAUAUGUAUGCCCAGUAUGUCAAGAAUACUAUGGAGCCUCUUAAUAUUCCACAAGUGCGCCAAGACAAAAGAUUUCCUUGGACAAAUGAAUGUUCAGACAGUACAAAUCAGCACGUUGAAAGCUUGCUCUGCACGCCUAUAAAAAAUGGAAAGAAGAAUAAAGUGAUAGGGGUUUGUCAACUUGCAAACAAGAUGGAAGAAAACUCAGGCAAAAUAAAAGCUUUCAAUAGAAAUGAUGAACAGUUUUUGGAAGCUUUUGUUAUCUUCUGUGGCUUAGGAAUACAGAACACCCAGAUGUAUGAAGCUGUGGAAAGAGCCAUGGCAAAGCAAAUGGUGACAUUAGAGGUGCUGUCCUACCAUGCAUCAGCUGCUGAAGAAGAAACAAGGGAGCUCCAGGUAACAGCGGCUGCUGUUGUACCAUCUGCACAAUCUCUCAGGCUCACUGAUUUUUACUUCAGUGACUUUGAGCUGUCAGAUAUGGAGACUUCUCUGUGCACAAUCCGGAUGUUUAUUGACCUUAACCUUGUACAAAAUUUCCAAAUAAAACAUGAGGUCCUUUGCAGAUGGAUUUUAAGUGUGAGGAAAAAUUAUCGAAAAAAUGUUACUUAUCACAACUGGAGACAUGCUUUUAAUACAGCCCAAUGCAUGUUUGCUGCUUUAAAGACAGGAAAAAUUCAGAACAAACUUACUGAUGUUGAGGUACUUUCUUUGCUGAUUGCAGCUCUGAGCCAUGACUUAGAUCACAGGGGGGUGAAUAAUUCUUACAUACAGAGAAGUGAGCACCCCCUUGCACAGCUAUAUUGCCACUCAAUAAUGGAACAUCAUCAUUUUGAUCAGUGCCUGAUGAUCCUAAACACACCGGGCAAUCAGAUUCUCAGUGCUCUUUCUGUUGAAGAAUACAAGGCAACAUUGAAAAUCAUCAAGCAAGCUAUUCUUGCCACAGAUUUAGCACUAUACAUAAAAAGAAGAGGAGAGUUUUUUGACCUUCUGAGGAAUAAUCAGUUUAACCUACAACAGCCUUAUCAAAAGGAAUUAUUUUUGGCAAUGCUGAUGACAGCAUGUGACUUAUCAGCAAUAACAAAACCAUGGCCAGUUCAGCAGCGGAUUGCUGAACUUGUAGCUGCAGAGUUCUUUGACCAAGGAGAUAAAGAAAGAAAAGAACUUAACAUUGAACCCACAGAUUUAAUGAACAGAGAAAAGAAAAACAAAAUUCCCAGCAUGCAAGUUGGAUUCAUUGAUGCUAUCUGCUUACAGCUUUAUGAGGCAUUAACCUACAUAUCGGAAGCCUGUUACCCUUUGCUUGAGGGCUGCAGGAAGAACCGGCAGAAAUGGCAGGCUUUAUCUGAAGAACAGGAAAAUAAUUUGAUCAUUGGAGAAAGCAAUCAGCCCAAACGGAACUGAAAUAGACAUUUAUUAGGACAUACUGGUUUACAAAGAAGAUAUUUAUAUAGCAUAAUUUGGAGAUACCUAAUGUUUUACUAGACACUGUAUGAAAUAGGUGCAUAAUUUGCCACUGCUGUAUUUAAAUAACAAGAAACGUAUAUUUUUGCACAGCACUCAAGAACACAAUAUUAAUUAUUUUUAUGUAGUCUGAUGUAUCAUAAUUGUAUAUUUCCAAUCGAUCUGCAACUAGCAGAUCUAAUUAGCCCUGCUCAAUAGAGGUGUGGAAGUGGACAAUUUUUAGGACUGCUUCAGAAAAUUCUUGGUCCGGAGUUGUAUAUAGUUAUUUAGUUUUGAUCAAUGGCCAGUAUUUUAAAAUUACUGUAUGUGGCACUUUCUGUUGUUUUUUUUAUAGUGCCUCUUCUUAAAUGUAAAUAAUGAAAAAACAGUGUUGCAUUUGAAAGCUAGAAGUUACCAGAGAAGCAAGGUGGGCAGCAUUUGCUUGGCAUGGGGGAGGAACAGAGCACUGAAUUAAUAUUGCUUGUUCUAAGAAAUCUGUUUUUUUCAGGGUGAGGCAUGUUGAGCUCAAAGGCUAAAGUACAAGUAUCAAGGGAAUAUGCUGCAUCUGUGACUUUUCCUGUCAUGGGAAUGCUUGAGUUUUACUCAUUAUGUUGCAGCAGCUGAAGAAGAGCGCAAAUGAAAUUGUCCAGAGUUUCUUAAUAAUAAUGAAAUGUUUAAGAAAUACAUAAUUAAAAUUGAACUACUUAAAACUACA